UGGAAGAUAUACGGUAGUAGUGAAACUCGUGAGGACGAAGUGCUGCUCCGGGUCCGGCGGACGCGAGAUCAGGCGAAUCGGAUUAAUCAGUGUUAAGUCCCGUCAUCCCGAGUGUUGUUCCGGGAAAUGUUACCUUUGUGCAUCAAGACGUCCACGAGCCCGAAUGCAAGCUAAUGAGCUCUCCAGCGAGGCUGCAGCAUUCAAACGUUCGCAGUAUGUCGGCCGUCGACGUCGCCGCCGUCGUGUGUUUCUAGUCUCCAGGACCGUGCCAUAUCUUCCGGCCUUGUUGCUGACCCUCCUCGGAUUAAGGCAUCCCCUAGUGUUCAAGAUUCAUAUCCCAGCAGCAGCCACAAGUCAACGGCGGCCAACAAAUAAGAGCCAGAAGGCAACGAACGAUAGGAAAUCACGUCAGCAUUGUCACUCGUUUUUCCUCAAUCAAAUAAACGAUCGGUGUGCCAACCAACCGUGCAAAACCGAUCAGCCAUCAAACCGGCCGGGUGACCGGAGGACUAGAAAUGUUCCAGCACCGGGCGCGAUCUAGGUAUGUGAUGGCAUUUUUGAUGUUUGGCCUGCUUGCGUUGGCAGUUCAAGUUGCCUGCGGCUACAGGGUCGGUGUAGGACGCGCCGACUGUACCGGUCCCUCGGUGGAAAUCACGUUCAUGGGAUACGCACAGAUCGCGCAGCGUGGAGCUGGUAUUCACCUGCGCCAGUACGCGCGCUCGUUCAUUAUCGACGAUAGCAGCGGUGACCAGAACAACCGGGUCGUGUUCGUAAGCGUCGAUGCCGGGAUGAUGGGCCACGCUGUGAAGCGAGAUGUGCUGGCGGUACUGCAGCAAAAGUAUGGCGCGCUGUACACGGACGCGAACGUCGUUAUCAGCGGCACCCACACACACUCGACGCCGGGUGGCUUCCUAAUGUACCUGCUGUACGAUCUAACCUCCCUCGGUUUCGUCUCGGAGACGUUCGGGGCGCUGGUGCACGGCAUCGCGCAAAGCAUCAUCCGGGCGCACAACAACAUGGCCGAUGCGCGCCUGUACGUGGCGGAGACGGAGGUAGUGGACGCCAGCAUCAACCGGAGCCCUAGUGCGUACGAGAACAACCCGGCGGAGGAGCGCGCCCAGUACCGGCACAAUGUCGACCGAACGCUGGUACAGCUACAGAUAGUGGGGGCACGCGACGGGCGCCCGCUCGGUGCGAUCAACUGGUUUGCCGUGCACCCAACGUCGAUGAACAACACGAACCGGCUGGUUUCGAGCGACAACGUGGGCCUGGCGUCAGUGCUGCUCGAACAGGAGCGCAAUCCAGGCGUACUAGUCGGCAAGGGCGAGUUUGUGGGAGCGUUCGCUUCCUCCAACCUGGGUGACGUAUCGCCGAACAUCAAGGGACCACGUUGCGAAAAGACGGGCCUACCAUGCGAUGUGCUAACGUCCUCGUGCCCGUCCGGUGCUGGCGCUUGCUUUGCGUCCGGCCCUGGUGGCGAUAUGUUCGAGAGCACGGAAAUCAUUGCGGGUCGUUUGUAUCGGGCCGCGUCGGAACUGCUACAGGAAGCCGGCAGUGGCGUUGCGCGUGAGCUACGGGGCCCGGUCCGUUUCGUGCACCAAUAUGUGGAUAUGACGGUGGCCGAAGUAAUGCACCUAGAGAGGCACUCGGGUCGGCUCGAACAGGUUCGCGGGUGUUUGCCCGCGAUGGGCUACAGCUUCGCGGCCGGAACAACUGAUGGACCCGGUGCGUUUGACUUUCAGCAGGGCACUAUCACUGAUAAUGUGUUGUGGAACGCAGUGCGCGAUUUCAUCGCUGAGCCAACGCCUGACGACAAGGAGUGCCAAGCGCCGAAGCCAAUCCUGCUAGCAACAGGACGGGCUCGGUUCCCCUACGACUGGCAACCCAAAAUUGUCCCCACGCAAUUGCUAAUGGUGGGCGAUUUAGCUAUCGCGGCCGUGCCCGGUGAGUUUACCACGAUGGCCGGUCGGCGACUACGUACUGCAGUAGCGCGGGCUUCGGUGGCGGCCGGCGGCCCUGAGCUGCAAGUUGUCGUUGCCGGAUUGUCUAAUAUGUACUCAAGCUACAUCACCACGCCUGAGGAGUACGAGGUGCAGCGGUACGAGGGAGCCUCAACACUGUACGGUCCGCACACGCUCACGAUUUACCUCGAGCAGUAUCGGAAACUGGUGCAGGCUCUCACAACUGGCGGAAAUGAGACACUACCACCUGGUCCUACGCCCCCGUACGAAGAUGACAAGCAAAUCUCACUCACCACCGGCGUAAUUUUUGACUCGCACCCGCUCGGCAAAGAUUUUGGCGAUGUGAAGGUACACCCCGCGGGCGAGUACGGCCGGGGUGACACGGUUACUGCCGUAUUUAUUGCCGGCAAUCCGCGCAACAACUUGAUGCACGACAAAACCUUCUUUACGGUCGAGCACCAGCAGACGGAGGGUCAGGAUGAGGCAUGGACGGUGGUUGCAACAGACGCCAAUUGGGAAACCAGAUUCCGUUGGGAGCGCACCUCCACCAUUUUGGGCUUUAGCGAUAUUGAGUUUAGCUGGACGAUCGGCCCGGCGACACCACCCGGCAAGUACCGCAUCCGACACUUUGGCAACUAUCGCUACAUCCUCGGUGGCAUCUACCCGUACGUUGGCACCACGAAUACGUUCAAUGUUAAGUGAGGAGC